AUGACUGCGGCGCGGCAAUCGGCCUUCCAGGCCGCCGAAUAUAUCCCCCCCGAUGCCAUAUUCGACGUAACGAGGCGAUAUCUCGCCGACACAGACGCCAACAAGAUCAAUCUUGGCCAAGGUACAUACCGUGACGAGAACGGCCAGCCAUGGAUUCUUCCAUCAGUCAAGUUGGCAAAGGAGAAAAUCGGCAGUGUCGGUCAUGAAUACCUGCCCAUCGCCGGGCUGAAAUCUCUCCGAGACGAGGCGACAAAGCUCGUUUUCUCGGGUACAAAAGCCUUCAACGAAGACCGCAUCGCCUCCUGCCAGGCCCUUUCCGGCACCGGCGCCCUUCUCUUGGCAGGCCUGGCCCUCAAGCGCAGCAGCGGCAUCAAAAACAUCUACAUCACCGAGCCGACCUGGUCCAACCACGACCUGCUUUUUGCCUCCCAGGGCUUUCAGGUCAAGAAGCUGCCCUACUACAAGGACGGCGCUUUCGACUUUGACGCCUACAUCGCCGCCCUGAAAGCCGCCGAGCCAUCCUCGGCCGUCAUCCUGCACGCCUGCGCCCACAACCCCACGGGCUGCGACCCGUCAGCCGAGCAGUGGAAGGCGAUCGCCGACGUACUCAUCGAGCGCGGCGUCUUCCCCGUGUUUGAUGCCGCGUACCUCGGCUUCAACUCUGGCUCCGUCGACAAGGACGCGUGGGCGAUUCGGUACUUCGUCGAGGACCUGGGCCUCGAGGCUGCCGUCUGCCUCUCCUUUGCGAAGAACAUGGGUCUCUACGGCGAGCGUGUCGGUCUCGUUUCGUUCGUGUUGCGUGACUCGGAGGUGGCGCGUGCCGUGGCGUCGAUCCUCGAGAACGUCCAGCGCGCGACGGUGUCCAAUCCGCCAGUCUACGGCGCGAGAAUCGCCGCGACGGUCCUCGAGACGCCGGAGAUCAGAGAACAGUGGGCCAAAGACCUUGUUACCAUGUCUGACAGGAUACGGACGAUGCGGCAGGCGCUUUUCGAUGAGCUGGUGAGGCUCCAGACGCCUGGUGACUGGUCCCAUUUGGUCAAGCAGAGUGGCAUGUUUGGAUACAUUGGCAUCAGCCGAGCUCAAGUGCAGCUUCUUGAAGACGAGUUUCAUGUGUACAUGGCGGACACGUCUCGAAUCUCCAUUGCAGGCCUGAAUGAUGCCAAUGUUAAUCGGUUUGCAAGUGCGUUGAAUCAAAUAGUCAGAAGGUCAUAG